AGAACCUUCUUUCUCUCGAAUAUCUUCUACUUGGUGAAAUUGUCAUAAUCAUGGCUUCUUCAACCUUUUCUUCUUUGUUUAAGCUUUCAACCUUCAUUUUAUGUUUAUGGGUUCUGUUUGGAACUACUUCGGGUCAGCUAUCUGCAAAUUUCUAUGCUAGAACAUGUCCUAAUUUUCGUUCGGUUAUAACAAGAGCCGUGAAUUCAGCUGUUGCUAGUGAAGCUCGCAUGGGAGCUUCAUUGCUUCGCCUCCAUUUCCAUGAUUGCUUUGUUAAUGGAUGUGAUGCAUCUGUGUUAUUGGACGACACUGCAAACUUUACCGGAGAAAAGAAUGCGGGUCCAAAUAGCAAUUCGAUCAGAGGAUUCAAUGUCAUUGAUACCAUUAAAACGCAAUUAGAGCGACAAUGUCCAGGUGUUGUUUCUUGCGCAGAUAUACUAUCUGCUGCUGCUCGAGAUUCGGUUGUGGCUCUUGGUGGACCUGGUUGGAGCACUGUAUUCGGAAGAAGGGACUCCACAACUGCAAGCCAAAGUGCCGCAAAUUCGAACCUCCCUUCACCAGCUUCAAGUCUUAGUAGUCUCAUCUCAUCCUUUUCAAACAAAGGAUUUACUGCUAACGAAAUGGUAGCUCUCUCUGGAGCUCAUACAAUUGGUCAAGCAAGGUGCUCCGUAUUUCGUAAUCGUCUUUAUAACGAGAAUAACAUAAACUCAUCAUUUGCGACAUCCUUGAGAGCAAACUGUCCUUCAAGUGGUGGUGACAAUAAUCUUUCUCCACUAGAUGCUUCAGCUACAUCUUUCGAUAAUAGAUACUAUAAUGAUUUGAUUAGCCAGAGGGGAUUGCUGCAUUCAGAUCAAGAACUAUCUAACGGGGGUUCCGCUGAUGCACAAGUGAGGACCUAUGGAUCGAGUCCUUCUGUUUUCUUUCGUGACUUUGCAGCUGCUAUGGUGAAGAUGGGCAAUCUUAGCCCUCUAACCGGCUCCAGUGGUCAAGUUAGGACCAACUGCAGAAGAACCAAUUAAUAACCUCUUUUAUUGCACAGCAGGAAAAUAUCCAUCAACCAGUGGUGUAACACCAUCUUACAUUUCUUUUUCCUAUCCACUCGCAGACUUGCUUCUUUAAAUAAUUUCUAAACCUUAAAAAAAAAAUCUAUCGACCUGUACUUGUAAGAAACUGAGAUAUGAUGAAUUCAUUAAUAAAUAAUGCAUGUUUUAUUCUCUAAAA